UCUCUGGAGAACACUUGCAAAGAGGAGAAGAAAGUAGAAAGACGAGGGUGAAGCAGCAGAAGCGACAAACAGAGGAAGAUCUUUUUUUUUGUUUUAGAGAGAGAGAGAGUCUAACUUACUUGUAGAUGUUCGAUCAGGCCACGACUAUGGGCGAUGGGAACCACCGCUGUGGACCCAACCCGCUGUGCCCGGACCGGAUGGAGACAAAGUGCCGCGCCGAGAUAGGGAGCCGGUCCCCGGUUCAGAGCUCCACCGACACCCCGGGGACAUCAGCAUCUACCCCGACGUCCUCCAGCGAAGACGGACACGACAAACUUUUGGGAGUGGACCCAGACUACUGUCGGAGGAUAUUAGUGAGAGAUGCCAAAGGCACCAUCCGGGAGAUCGUGCUGCCGAAGGGUCUCGACCUGGACCGGCCCAAACGCACCAGGACCUCGUUCACGGCCGAGCAGCUGUACCGGCUCGAGCUCGAGUUCCAGCGGUGUCAGUACGUGGUGGGCCGCGAGCGCACGGAGCUCGCGAGGCAGCUGAACCUGUCGGAAACACAGGUCAAAGUGUGGUUCCAAAACCGCCGGACCAAACAGAAGAAGGACACCACCAAGGAUUCGGACAAACGCUCCUCCUCCACCAACGAGUCGUUGGCCACCUGCAACAUCCUACGCCUCCUGGAGCAGGGACGCCUCCUAUCGGGGCCCGCCCCGCCACCCAACUCCCUCCUGGGGCCUCCGCAUCCGGUGCACAACGGCUCCCUGCUAAGCAGCCCAGGUGGAGGCUCCUCCACCUCUCCGGGCAUCAGCAGCAGCACCCCACCCAGCUCCCUAGCAGGAGGGACUUUCGGGCUGUCGCUGCCCUCGCUCACCGGCACCCCGUCGUCACCGCGGCUGGGAGUCCCGCCGCCGCACUCCCUCUGCUUCUCCAUGCCGCUGCUGGGGGGCGCUCACCACGAACUGACAUCCGCCUACGGCUGCGGUUCUUCGGCUUUCGAGCCGUACAUGCGGCUGGACAGGAAGGAGGCAGAUCUGGGAGGGAAGAAGACAGUUUCUUAAAGUAACUUGUCCCUCUUUUAGGACACCAGGGGACUUUCCUCCUCGGUCGGGCACCCUGCCAACUGUUUGACACAUGAAAAGAAAAAAAAAGUCCCUGGAUCAUAAGAAAUGUGAAAACGGAAGAGACCAGAUUGUUUCCCCCAUCACGGCACCAUUUUGUGCCACAGCACUGUUGGACACAAAAUGGUGAAAAGGACGUGAUGUGAUGGAGAAAAAAAACAAACACAAAACAAAAAAAAUUGGGUUUUUUUGUGUUUUUUUGGCAGAAAUGCCGAUGUGUGUAUGUUGUGUGAACCCUGACAGACAGAUGUUUUUAUCACCACUCUCUUCGCAGUGGUUUUAAGUGACUCUUCACUUUUUUUGUCCAGUGAGUUUGUAUGUGUGGUUUUCUUCUCUAUACAGGCCUUCAUUUAACUGUUCAGGAAAAAAAAAAAAUACUUGACAUGGAUAUUCAGACUCCGAGUCAGUCUGAAUGUGACACAUUGUAUUUCAAACGGAGCCGUCUGUACACAUUUCGGUACAUAUUCCAAGUGGCCAUGUUUAAAUUUUUAGUUAAUGUGCUAUCACAAUAUGGAAGAAACACUGAAAAAAAAAAAAAAGAAUCGUAGCAUUUUAAAUAUCAGUCUGUUUUGGUGUCCAGCAGUAGUUUUUUUGUAAAAUUCUUUAUUUGGUUGUGUAUGUGUAUAAAAUAAUAUGUGGUAGGAUCUGGACAAAUGGUGCAAAAAAAAAAAAAAAAAAAAAAUCACAUAUCUAGAUCCCAUUUUAAUAUAAAAAGAACACGUGAGUUUUGUGAGAAAGCUGGUUAGACUCUGCCAAAGCGUUUUAUGGAUUAAAGCUUCGGAGGAGUCCAGAGAAAAUGACCUUUGAACCUAGAUUAACUUCCCAAUUUUUUGAAUUCACAGCUUCCUUUACGUCUAAGAGACGGUUUGAAUAAAAAAAAAAUCAAAAAAAUUCAAAAAAAGACGUGAGGAAAGAGUUUUAAAAGAUCAUGCCGAUUUUUAUUUUUAAUUUACGGACCAGGAGGUAGUUUGUCUCAGUCAACAUUCGAUCCAGAAUUUUUUGUUUUGCAUCUUAUAUCUCAGCGUGUUUCGGACUAGAGCUGCAACGACGAGUCGAAUCAUCGAUCUGCAAAAUUUUUGAUAAUCGUUAAACUGUUUUUCAAGCAAAAAUA